AUGGCCGAAUACUGGAAAUCAGCGCCACGCCAUUGGUGCAAACAAUGCAAGAUCUUCAUCCGCGACACACCUUUCGAAAGGACCCAACACGAGGCGAGCGGAAAACACCAGUCCAGUCUGAAGCGCUUCCUCCGCGACAUACACGAGAAUAAUGAGACCCAGCAAAGAGAGACCCAGCGAGCGAAAAGCGAGGUCGAGCGAUUGCGCCAGGCCGUUGGAGGCGGGUCUUCCGCGUCCGGCGCCCAAGUGCCUAAACGCGCCGCGGCGCCGGCGCCCAAGCAGGCCGACCGUCCCGUCAGUGUAGAGGAAAGAAAGAAGCAGAUUGCGCAGCUGGCUGAAAUGGGCGUUGCGGUCCCUGAGGAGUAUCGGAGGGAUAUGGCCUUGGCUGGUGAGUGGCAGACGCUCUCGGAAACCAAGAUCGACCCGGAUGGACUGGAGGGUGCUGCCAAGUCUAUUGGUGUGCGCAAGCGCAAACACGAGGGAGAUGAAGAGGAAGACGAGCAUGCUCCCGAGCCCAUCGUGAGGCAAGGGUGGGGAUCCAGAAUGAAGACAUAUCCCGGAACACAGGAGGAGGACGAGGAUUUGGAUGCUCUUCUUGCGUCUACCAAAGACCUGAAGAAGACCAAAACAGCUACGCCUGCGAUCACAAAAGAGGAACCCGAGCGGCAGAAACAGGAGCCUGCCUCUGUUGUGAAAACAGAGGAUGAAGCCCCCGACUUGAAGACUGCGGGGGCAGAUGAGGCACCUCAAAUCAAAACGGAAGAACCCGGGGAGAUUUCUACACCCGCAGCUGAUGAGAAACUGCCAGCGGAGGAAGCAGCUGGACCUGUUUUCAAGAAGCGCAAGCCCAAAGUCAUGAGGAAAUAG